CAGCAAACGCCAUCGUCCCUUGCAAUUCUUCCCAACGCAUACCGGCAGAUAACGAGCAAGCGAACGUGUCGAUACCGCUCCGACACAAUGAAGAGGAAGCUGAACGAGAACGAUCAGCCGACGCCAGUCGCUGCGGCCGUCGAAACUGAGAACCCCGCGAGCACAACUACGCAAGCUGAUUUCGCCUUCCCAGACUUCGGUCUUGACUCGAAGUUACUACAAUCCGUGGCUCAUCAGAAAUGGGGCAAGCCAACUCUGGUGCAAAGCAGAGCGAUCCCACUCAUCAUGGAUGGGAGCGACGUCCUAGCCAAGGCCAAGACUGGUUCAGGCAAGACUGCCGCUUAUUUACUACCCAUUUUGCAUGCUAUUCUCAAGCGCAAACAGACUGUCACAAAGCCCUCGACUGCUGCUCUUAUCCUUUGUCCGACGCGCGAGCUCGUAGAUCAGGUAUCCAAGAAUAUUGCGACGCUCACAGCUUUCUGCACCAAAGAAGUCCAGACUGUCAAACUAGCCGACAAGCAAUCAGACACCGUUCAGCGAACACUUCUUUCUGCCUCCCCUGAUAUCGUGGUGGCUACACCAGCCAGGGCGUGGCAGAACAUCAAGUCGAACUCGAUGUCCAUCGAGAACCUGGACCAUCUCGUCCUAGAUGAGGCGGAUCUAGUCCUUUCGUAUGGCUACGACGAGGAUCUUCGUAGCGUGGCGGCUGCGCUACCCAAGGGUGUACAAACUGUACUUAUGAGCGCGACGCUCACCACCGAAAUUGAUACUCUCAAGGGACUUUUCUGUCGGAAUCCCACGGUACUAGAUCUCGAAGAAGCGGAUGCUGAUGGCGAGGGAAUUUCCCAAUAUGUGGUCAAGUGCGCCGAGGACGAAAAAUUUCUCCUCAUGUACGUUGUCUUCAAGCUGAAGCUCAUCACCGGGAAAUGCAUCAUCUUUGUCAGUGAUGUCGACCGGUCUUACCGCCUCAAGCUCUUUUUUGAGCAAUUUGGAAUCAGAAGCUGUGUCCUCAACUCGGAGCUGCCCGUGAACAGCCGGAUACACUGUGUCGAGCAGUUCAACAGCAACGUCUAUGACAUCUUGAUCGCGUCUGACGAGAACGAGGUGUUGGGAGACGAAGAUACGCAGGGCGUUGGCCCCAGCAACAAUCAUGACAGUGAGCCCACUUCAAAAGAACAAGCACCCCCCCAGAAGAAGCGGAAGGCCUCACGCCGCGACAAGGAGUAUGGAAUCAGUCGUGGAAUUGAUUUCGUGCGGGUUGCUUGCGUGGUCAAUUUCGACCUGCCGACCUCGUCGAAAUCCUACACGCACAGGAUCGGCCGGACCGGCCGCGCGGGUCAGACUGGCAUGGCCAUCUCGUUCGUGAUUCCCAGCGACAAGUUCCGCAAGCACAUGCCCACAAGCGUCGAGACGGCAGAGAACGACGAGAAGAUAUUAGCACGCAUUACCAAACAGCAGGCGAAGAAGGGCAAGGAGAUCAAAGACUACAGCUUCGAUAUGAAACAGGUCGAGGCAUUUCGCUAUCGUAUGAAUGAUGCCUUACGCGCAGUCACCAAGGUUGCUGUGCGAGAAGCCCGCACCCGCGAGAUUCGCUCAGAGCUCCUCAAGAGUGAGAAGCUGAAACGUCACUUUGAAGAAAAUCCCGCGGAACUGCAACACGUUCGUCACGACGGCGAGCUGAGGUCUGCACGUACCAAUCCAGAGUUGAGGCACGUGCCAGAUUACCUCCUGCCUAAGGAGGGCAAAAAGGCCAUCACUCCCAACGACGUGGGCUAUGUACCGUUUAAGAAGGUGCGAGAUGGCAAACAAAGGAAGGGCAGAUCCUUCAAAGGCAAAGGUCGAAAGAUGGGCGGUCGAAAGACUGAUCCCCUCAAGUCUUUCAAAGCGAGAUCCAAGCGAUAAGGCUGGAAAGGAGCCGGCCAACGAGCACACAUACAUAGCAGAUGAUUAAUUGAUAUGCGGGUGCAAGAAAUAGAAAAUUAUCUCGACGAGUG